AUGAGCAAUUCCGCCGCACAGCCUCCUUUCAAAGUGAUCGUUGUUGGCGGGGGUCUCGCCGGCAGCCUUCUGGCGAACGGGCUAGCCCGACACAACGUCGACUUCGAGGUUUAUGAGCGACAGGUGAAGAAGUCGAAAAGAGAAGGUUAUCAGAUCCGGUUGGGCGAAGCUACGUUCAUAGGCAUGCGGGCAUGCCUUGAUCAGGACCUCAUAGACUCGAUCUUCAAGCACUUUGGCCGGUCGGCAUCAUCACAGGCACCAAUUUUGUACGACAAGCACUUUCGUAAGAUUUUUGAACCAGGAAGAGAUCCGAAUUACACGCAGUCAUCGCCUAUCAGCCGCGUUAUCUUACAGGAUGCUCUUCGCGAGCCGCUCGAUAGAAUGGGCAAGAUUCAUUAUCAAAAGAAAUUCGUGGAUUACAAGAUCCGUCAGAAACCCGGGCGCGAUGUUGUGGAGGUGAUCUUCGAUGACGGCACCUCUGAUAUUUGCGACAUUUUGAUUGCUGCUGAUGGCAAUAACUCACGUAUCAAUAGUCUCUUGGGACUGAACAAUAUUGAAGAAUUGACUUCUUUCAGGUCGUUCUUGACUAGAUGCGAUGUUCCUUUGUCAGUCUGCCGCCGGCUGUCACCAGAUCUCAGUUCACCCGUUGUUACCUUGCAUGAUGGCAAGACGCUAUAUUUCCAAGUCUAUUUGCCCGGUGAUAUGACAGCUCGUCUUCAAAACUCGGACACAGAAAAUGAAGAAAAGCUAGCGUCAUGCAUGCUCGGUGUUGGAUUCUUCGUCAACCGCAUGGUAGCUACAUGCAGCUUUGAGGCUUUGUCUCAUGCAGGAAAGUGGGAUGCUGUUGACCAGCUCUUUGAAGACUGGUCUCCAAAACAUCGAGAUAUCAUCGGGGUCUUCCGGGGUCAGGAGAUGUACUCUGGAGCUCCAAGAGUGUCUUCCCGUCCGUCGAUGAACUGGCGUAAAUCAGUUGCAUCAGCAAGUGACAAACGUCUUGGGAACCCUCACGUCUGGCUCAUAGGAGAUUCCAUGCAUUCCAUGUUUCCUUCGAGGGGAAUGGGCGGCAACCAAGCCAUGCGAGAUACAGCUGAUGCCUUGCCGUUACUAGUUCGCUUGGCAGAGACGGCACGAACGGCGGAAGGAUUGAACGAGGAUGACAUAUCCAAAGCUUGCGAGAUAUUUGAAGAGACUAUCAUUCCUCGAGCCUUUGAGUGGGUAAAGAGGAGCGGAGGCAAGAAUCCAAUGACAAUCGACACUUCCAGAGUCACCGACCGGACUGUUCUUUACAUUCUGUCUUAUGCAGUGACAGCGCGGAGGGUAUGGCAUUGGUUGCGUUCGUGGAUAAACCGCAUGGUGUUCGGCGUGAGAAACAGGACUUGA